UGCCCUGGUUAAUGUUCGACCCAGAGCAGCGAAGCUGCAUGUGAUAUCUUGAUGUGAACCUUCAGCUUCCGCUUACGCUGCAGCCACUCUCAGUGCAGCAUGGAGGAUUAGUGAGCCUCCACUCAGCCUUUUCUCUCUCAGCUUAAAGAAUUCCUCUUUUCUUUCUUCUUUGCACUUUUUCAUUUGCACAUUCUUUCUCCCGAUUUGUGCCAAUUUCUUUCACUUUCUUGUUGAAAUGAUUAUAUCUUCAUGAUGGAUCCAAGACGUGCAUCAAGAACUGAGAGGUUAGGGUCAAAGUUGAGCAGAAUGAUGAGCGAUGACAAUCAGGAGGCUUUCAAAAAAGUCACUCGAAAGCCAGGCCUGCAGAUAUGGACCAUCAACGACCUGAAGAUGGUUCCUGUUCCCGCCCAGAGCUUUGGCAACUUCUUUGAAGGAGACUGUUAUGUUGUUCUACAUAUGACAGAGAGUAGAGGUUCGGGACAGUCUGCUGACAUUCACUACUGGAUAGGAAAGGCCUCGUCUCAGGACGAGCAGGGUGCGGCCGCCCUCUACGUCACCCAGCUGGACGAGCAUCUGGGGCGCAGCCCAGUGCAGCACAGGGAGGUUCAGGGCAGCGAAUCACCGCGAUUCAGGGGCUACUUCAAAAAUGGCAUCAUAUACAAGAAGGGAGGAGUGGCCUCGGGUUUCACCCAUGUUGACACAAAUGCCUACAACGUCCUGCGACUCCUGCACGUCAAAGGGAAGAAACAUGUCACAGCCAAAGAGGUGGAGGUGUCAUGGAAGAGCUUCAACAGCGGGGACAUAUUCCUCCUGGAUAUGGGGAAAACCAUAGUGCAGUGGAACGGCCCCAAGAGCAACAGGAGUGAGAAGUUGAAGGCUGUGCUGUUGGCCCAGGACAUCCGCGACAGGGAGAGAGGAGGUCGCGCUCAGAUUGGUGUGGUGGAGGGAGGUCAUGAGAAGGAUUCUCCUGAUCUGAUGAAGGCCAUGAAUGCAGUGCUGGGUCAGAGGAGUGGUCACCUGAAGGAGGCCACGCCUGAUGAUGCACCUAACACCGUGCACAACUCCAGUGUCAAGCUGUACCAUGUUUUUGAUAACAAUGGUAAUGUCGUGGUUCAAGAGGUGGCGACACAACCUCUAACACAAGACCUGCUGCAGUCUUCGGACUGUUACAUCGUGGACCAGAACGGCUCCAGUGUGAUGGUGUGGAAAGGCAAACACGCCUCGAAGAAGCGCAAUGCCAUGAACCGAGCCAUGAGCUAUAUCAAAGCUAAGAACUACCCGGCCAGCACCAGGGUGGAGGUGAUGAGUGAGGGUGGAGAAUCAGCCUUGUUCAAGCACUUGUUCAAGUCCUGGAAGGAUAAGGGACAAACUCAGGGGCUGGGAACAACCCACAGUGUGGGAAAGAUAGCGAAGGUCGACCAGGGGAAGUUCAAUGUGAUGGAGCUCCACGCCCGCCCUGAGCUGGCAGCACAGCAGCGCAUGGUGGACGAUGCGUCAGGAGACAUUAAGGUGUGGCGCAUUGAGAACUUGGAGCUGGCUGAGGUGAAUCCCAAAACAUAUGGACAGUUCUAUGGUGGGGACUGUUACCUGAUACUGUACACGUACAAAAGAGCUCAUCAGCAGCAGUACAUCCUCUACAUGUGGCAGGGUCUACACGCCACCAAUGAUGAGAUCACGGCCUGUGCCUACCAGGCUGUUACUGUGGAUAAUAAAUAUAACGGAGCUCCAGUCCAGGUCAGGGUGGUGAUGGGAAAGGAGCCCCGACACUUCCUGGCUAUGUUCAAAGGAAAACUCAUCAUCUUCGAGGGCGGCACAGGACGACCAGGUGUGGUGAACCCUGACCGUGGUGCCAGGCUGUUCCAGGUCAGAGGAACCCAUGAGCUGAACACCAAAGCUACUGAGGUCCAGGCCAGAGCUUCAUCUCUGAACACCAACGACGUGUUCCUUCUGAAGACAGAUCGCGUCUGUUACCUGUGGUAUGGAAAGGGCUGCAGCGGUGAUGAGAGGGUGAUGGCCAAGGAAAUGUCCAAUGUGCUGACCAAGCAGGACAAGCAGGUGGUGAUGGAGGGCCAGGAGCCAGCGGAGUUCUGGGUCGCUCUGGGAGGAAAAGCUCCUUAUGCCAGUGACAAGAGACUGCAGAGGGAGGAGCCUCCUCACAGCCCACGUCUCUUUGAAUGCUCCAAUCAGACGGGUCGAUUUAAGAUGACUGAGGUGGACGACUUUGCUCAGACUGACCUGGACGAAGAGGACGUGAUGCUGCUGGACACCUGGGAGGAGAUUUUCUUCUGGGUUGGAAAGGCUGCCAACCAGUCUGAGACCAAACAGGCGUGGACCUCUGCCCAGGAAUACCUGAAGACCCACCCUGCGGGCCGCGACCCCAACACUCCCAUCGUCUUUGUCAAACAGGGCCACGAACCGCCCACAUUUACAGGGUGGUUCAACGCGUGGGAUCCUCAUAAGUGGAGCGGAGGCAACUCCUAUGAGGAAAUGAAAAAAAAGCUGAGCGAUGCAACAUCUCUCUCACAGGUCACUGUAGACCUUAAGCAGUCAUACAUUAGUCCCAAUUCACCCAGCGGAGGUGGGUACAGGGCUCCAGGUAGCUCUAUGACCUCCCCUCCAGUUUACAGGCUCCAUAGUUUUGGACCUGUUUCACCGGGACCCUCCACUCCCACCAGUCCAUUUGCAGGUAGAGGCCAGAGCUCUGUGACCCUCUCACCUUUUGCUCCCUCAUUUGGAGGAAUGUACAUGGACCCUGAACUUCUGGUGAACAAGUCUGUCAGUGAGCUGCCUGAGGGGGUGGACCCCUGUCAGAGAGAGGACUUCCUGUCUGAUGAGAAUUUCGAGAAACUUCUGGGCACCGGCCGUUUGGAAUUUCAGCGUCUGCCAAAGUGGAAACAAACUGACCUGAAGAAAAAAGCAGGACUAUUCUGAGAUGGAUUAAAGAAUAACGGUUUUUAUUGUCAAUUUUUACUAAAAUAAUAACGUAAAUAUCAACAUGGAAAAUCUCAACCAUUGGCCAAAUUGUACCGAGUAUGACAGUUGCGUAGAAAGACACUGAUAAGUGUUAUUAAAAUCAUAAGUAUGAUGAUGACAUGGAUAUCACUUGAAAUGUGCUUUAUAACUUCAUCCAGAGGUCCCCAACCAUGUGACAUGCCGACAGUAUAAUUCUAAUAAUUAACAAAAAUGCAUGAUCGGAAUCGCCACUUUUCCAUAUAAUAAACACUUAUUGUAGGGCGUCUUUAAAUGCUGGAAAUGCCGGAGAGGAGGCGGAAGACGAGCCUUAUAUUUUCGAAAUAAAAGCAUAUUGCUUUAUUGCAAUUGCACUUUGACAAGUGAUCGACACAUCCACAACACUGUAGAACGUGGCAUUGGUAAGUUUUACUUUGUGCACUUUAUUUUUGUUUAAUGUCGUAUCACGUUGUUUGUUUGGUAUUUUCACCGCACGUGUUAACAUGAAACCGGUCCGUGGUAACACAAAGGUUGGGGACCUCUCUUUAUAUCUAUACUUUGAAUGUUUUUAUUUUUUGCUUUGCUGAAUCAUUUAAAUUAUAAAUAAACACAAAUCCUUAA